UUUGUUAAUUUUAAUUAAUAAUGCUCAACACUUCUUCGAUUCAAUCAACAAGUGAAAUCCCUAAUUUUGUUGUAAUUGACAAUGAAUACAUUAUAAUGAAAAACCUUUAUAAAGGAAACACCUACAAUUUAUAUAUAGGUAGAGAUUGAAAGCCUAGCUAGCUGUAAAAAGAGAUUGUUCUGACGAUUAAAAGAAAUUCGUAUUGAUCAAAAUGCGCAGAACUAAUGCCUCAGAACAGAAUUUUGAGUAGUACUUCUUAAAUAAACUAAAAGACAGUAAAUGUACUACAAGAAUUCUGUCUAUCGGAGAAUAAACAAUUAAGGAACAACUUUAUCAUUAUUAAAUCAUGGAACGUCAUGGUCCCUCUUUAAAACUAGUCUAUAACUACUUAUCCAAAAAUAUUCCUGUAACAAUACUGUGUUUGAUGGCAAUUCAGACUCUUACUUGUCUGGAGUAGGUCCACAAGCAUUUGAUAAUACAUCGUAACUUAAGACCCAAGAAAUUGGUAAUAUCUCAAAGCGGAACUGAAAUAUUAUUAACUGAUUUCAAGUAUGCUUGUCGAUAUAGGAAACAAUAAAAUAAUAUCUUGGUCAAUGAUAAUUUACGCACUACUUCGAAUAAACGAUUUCUAAACAAAUUCUCAAGUUUGAAUCAACAUUUAGAAUAAGUCUCUUCUCCAAAGGAUGACCUAGAAUCUCUCGCCUUGAUCAUUGUAUAUUAUGGCGGAUUUGCUCCUGUCCUUGAUAUCAAAGAGGAGAACAGAGGGCUAAAAAUUAAAAAAAUCGAACAAAUUAAACUAACUCUAUUGUCAGAGCUUUCAUUCAAAGGGGCUCCGUUAGAGUUCAUUUAAUUUUAUAAUGGAGUUAAAUAAUCCAGUGUUAGUGAUUAUCCCUAAGAUUACGAAAAAUACAAAUAAUUGUUUAGAAAAUUAUUGAACAGUUGUGGUUUGAAUGAGAAAGAUGUAGUCUACCCUCAUCUAUAAAUGAUGAAACAGCAUAAUUAUGAUAUGAAGGUAAUAAUGGAGGAACAAGAAACUUAAGCGUAAAUGGAUUCUAUAGAUGAAGAUCAUAGAGUGUUCAGAAAGAUAAAGGAAUUAGAUGAUUAGAAAUAUCACAGAUUAAUUUCUUUGGAAAAUUAAAAUCAGAGUUCUCAAAAACAAUGAUUUGAAUAAUUAAUUUAUUUAUUAAUUAUACCAUAUUGAUUUUGUAAAAAA